UGCAGUCGGCUCUUUGCACCCGGCGCUAAAUUCACACGGACCCAUAAGAGAUAAUAAAGAGGCUCAAACCGACCGAAUAGGUUAUUCAUAUAAGGAGACAAGAGGCGGGAAGGCAGGCGGUUUAUUUUAUAUAGCCAAAGAUAUAAUGUUUAAACGCUGACGUUCGAAACAGAACUACAGAUAUGGACGGAGAGAAGCUGCAGCUUUUGAAUGGAGAAAAAAGUACCUACUCUGGAAUUUCGGGGAAGGAAUUUCACUGCCAGAUGCUGGCAUACAUGUCAGAUUUGAAUGGCAUUGAACUUGCUCACCAGGUCAACCGUCAUUGCCACUCUAACCGUUUACAGGAGAACUGGCACAGCACAGAAAAGGAGAGGGCUCGCAGGAAGCUCUAUGUGGCAUCUGUUAUAUGUCUGCUUUUCAUGAUUGGAGAGGUAAUAGGUGGGUACUUGGCACACAGCUUGGCAAUCAUGACGGAUGCUGCUCAUCUUCUGACUGAUUUUGCUAGCAUGAUGAUUAGUUUAUUUGCUCUAUGGAUGUCUUCGCGUCCAGCUACAAAAACCAUGAACUUUGGAUGGCAUCGUGCAGAGAUUUUAGGAGCCCUUGUAUCGGUUCUGUCUAUCUGGGUAGUAACUGGAGUCUUGGUGUACCUGGCUGUAGAGCGUUUAAUUUCAGGGGAUUAUGAAAUAGAAGGAGAAACAAUGCUAAUCACUUCGGCUUGUGCUGUAGCGGUGAACAUCAUAAUGGGGGUAACCCUUCAUCAAACGGGCCAUGGGCACAGUCAUGGAGCUGGCAGCACACAUGGACAUUCACAUUCAGACAGCUCUGAAGAACACCAUAAUCCUAGUGUCCGGGCUGCUUUCAUUCAUGUUGUGGGAGACUUGUUGCAGAGUAUUGGGGUGCUUGUUGCUGCUUAUGUAAUCUACUUUAAGCCAGAAUACAAAAUGAUUGAUCCGAUCUGUACAUUCCUGUUCUCAUUCCUGGUCUUAGGCACUACACUUACAAUCCUUAGAGAUGUCUUACUUGUACUGAUGGAGGGUACCCCUAAGGGUGUCGACUUUAACUUGGUGAAGGACACUCUACUAUCAAUCAGGGGAGUGAAAGCUGUUCACAGUCUUCAUAUCUGGGCUCUCACGGUCUCCCAGCCUGUUCUAUCUGUCCAUAUAGCAAUCAAUGAAGAUGCUAACUCACAGAUGAUCUUGACAGAGGCCAGCUCGCAGCUACAGAACAAAUUCCAUUUUCACACCACAACCAUUCAGAUAGAAAAUUACUCUGAGGAUAUGAGGGAUUGCCAAGAGUGCCAGGAUCCUUCAGACUGAGGCGCCAACCACUACUGAAAGACUGCAUAGUCCCAAGGGUACCCCACAACCUGGAACUUGGAGAAUUACCCAGGUUGCUUGUAAACUUCCUGAGAGUGAAGACUGAGAAUACAGUGGAUGCUGAUGUAUGUGGUUAAUGCCAAGAUUUGUAGAAGUCUGUGGUGGGAAGAAUUUAAAGUUGGCUCUUGAAAUUCUCCACUUGAAAAUUCUUCUUUCUGUGACUGCAGUGAGGUAAUAAUGUGCAGGCCCACAAGUGUUCCUGUUGAUCUUCAUUCUUAGCUUCAGCUUCCAUAUAUUAGUUGGUAGAAUUUCCCACUUGUUUGUAGGGUGAUAAUAAAACCAAAACUUAUCGUUUUAUGAUAAUGAACUAAAGAUUCACCAGUGAUUUCCUAAAAUCCCCCAUGAAAGAGGCUCUUUAUUUAUUUUUGGUACAGAACUGUAAAUUACAAAAACUGCAUAUGUGUGAAUAUACUUUCUUGUUGAUUUAAGUGAAAAAUAUAAACAAAAGACAAGAUGUCUAAA